AUGAACAAAGAAGGUCGUCACUUCAUUUUGGAGCACUGCUUCCCAGUUGCCAAUAUGGACGUUGGAGAAACCAAAAAAUCGCCGGUCAAAAAGUUUUUUGGAGUACCAUGGAGCCUGUACAUCAAACGAGAAGACGAAGAUCACACAUUCAUUUCGGUGCGUGUUGAAUUUAAAAAACGCACCGAUUGGACGAUUGACUACGAGUGUUCGGUUGAUGUCAGCCCGAAUGACACUCAUAAAACACUUAAAAAUAAGCAAUUUCGAUUCAAAGCCAGCCAUAAAUCCAGAGUUGCCGGAUUCAAGUUAUCUGGAAUGCGAUGGAGUUCUUUUUUGGGUCCAAACGGCUAUGUCACCUCAGCUGGUUUACCUGUAAAAUUUGAUAUCACAAUCAGAAGAAUGAGAAGAAUGAAGGCGAUUCUAAAGGUGUUUGAUGAGACCAACAUUCAAUUUUCAAAUGCUACGGUGGAAGUGGAGGAGACCAGGUUUUAUGUGGACAAGUUUAUCCUUAAAACCCACUCUCCAUUCUUCUUCAAACAAUUUCCCGUACAAGCAGAAGAAGGCAGUAUUCCUUCAUUAAAAUUGCACGACGUCACUUCUGACGUAUUCCAAGACUUUCUGGAGCUCAUCUACAACGAAUCUGGUGUUAUUCAGGAACACAAUGUGGAAGCUCUUCUUGUUUUAGCCGCGAGCCUAGAAGCAUCAGUUGUCUUCAAACCCUGUGAGGAUUUUCUUAUCACUUCGGAGAUGGAUUUGCCUGAAAAAUUCAGAUUGGCAAAUCGAUUCAACUUGCUGGAGCUAGGGUACUUGGUCAUAGAACGUGUCGACAGCUUGCCAUUGCUCAAGGAUCUUCUCGAGGAUGACAUUAGCAAAAUGAAUCAAGAAUUGCGUAUUAGUUUGAUUAAGAGAUUCAUGGAAGAGCCACCACUUCUUCAUAACAAAGUAGCAUCAGCGGUUGUAGUUGUGGAGUAA